AUGGCAACCUCCCGAGAACGGCCCAGACGAAAGUUCACGCCCAUACCCGUCGAGACCACCUUUGAGCGCUACCGGAAAGCAAUGCCAAAUGGCGAACUUACACCUAGUCCGUCGCCGCGCUCACCAUCACCGCCACCCCGCGAGAAACGAAGGUUCGCUCCUCAGCUAGUCGAAUCCUCCGUACGAAGAUCCCGCCGCGUUGGCGAUGAAGGCCCUGCCACCAAACCCACCGAUAAAACAGACAUUACUCCCUACACGAACCACAUUUAUGCGCCCAAGGCCAAGGCUAAGAGGAGGCUCGGGCAGGGAACAUCGAUAGCAUCACCUACACCCCCUGCCCAGAGGAAAAAGGGCCAUUCCCGUCGAGAAUCGUGUGACGAUGAGAUUGCCGAUGGUUUCUUCGACCUGGUGGCCCGGGAUGCCCAGGCUCAGAAAAUGCAAGAGAUGGCCAUGAGUGCCUUCCCGAACAGUAGUGAGCGCAUAGGUGGCGCUGAACACUUUUACGUUCGCGAAGGCUCGGAGGACGACGAGAUGGCCACGAGAGGACGACCCCUCACGAGAGGUCCAUGGGCUACUUAUCUUUCGCGUCGGAACUCGUCCGAGGAAGACAUCAGUUGGGCCUUCAAAGAGAUGCAGGAACAUGCCGAGAUGCUGCAAAAUGAGGCCAAACGUGAUUUUGAGCCAGAAAGAGUCUCGACCCUCGAGUUGGACAAUAUGAGCUUUGACGAGCCACUCAACGAUGUGAUGAACCUGACCUCUGCCCCUAGGUCACCUCUCACCGGUUCCCCUCUCUGGGCAUCACGACCAUCACCUGCCAACCGGGGCCCGAUUGGUGAAUCUCACAUGCCACUGAUGCGGUCUGAGUCACCUCUACCUGUCAUUGGUGAAUCCGCCAUGCCGUACAUCCCACCCGAGUCGCCCCCUCGUCGCCCAAUAGGCGAGAGUUUCAUGCCAUACAUACCGUCGGCGCCUUUGGGGAAGGCUGCAGAUAUGCCUUAUGCCUCCCCAGCUCAGAUACCCCCAGAUACUGCGUUUGGAAGCCAUGGAUAUGCCUUCCAGCCGUAUGCCGAGCCCGAGCGAGACAUGUCAUUGGAACGUGCGAGGAAUCAGCACCGACAACGGGUGAAGGCUUCACCUCCGAUGCUCGGCCAGGACUUGGUAUUCAGGAUGUGCCAGUCCCCCAAACACACCAAGCUGGAACCAGACCAUUUAUGGGAUCUGGAGAAGGAAACAACAAAAGAGGAUGAGAACCGGGACCCCAGUGAGCAGCGGGGUCUCUGGCGUGGAUACUGCUUUGCUCAUGAUAAGGACGAGCAUAUCAUCCCGGCUGAGCGACCACAGUAUCUUAGCACCCCUUAUCCUUCACAUUCACCUCGUGACCCCUUCGCGCAAGCCUUUGGGCAAUCGACACCACCCGAGCUGAGCGCAGAAGGAACCCCGUCUGAUGGUUUUACGAGGAACACAUCUCUCCAAAUCCCCCCUUGGUCACAUCCCGAGCAUCGCACCAAGAACAACGAGCGCAAGGGCCUCCACAUGCUUCCUUUGCAAGGUCUUGAAGAGAGACUAAAGAAAGAGAAGGCGGCUGCCGAUCUAGAAGAGAAAAUUGCCGCAGAGUUUGACGACCAUUUUGUCACACAAGUGUACAACUACCUUUCACUUGGGUAUCCCGCAUUAGCAAGACAAUACGACGAGGAACUUGGCAAGAUCAGUCGGAUUCCCGUCGAAGAACUAGGACGGGACGACUACGCGAUUAUGGAGAAUCUCUGGGGUGGCGAUGACAGGAGGACCAAUGGGGAUGCUAGAGUCACUCCCGGCGGUACGGCCAAGGCUACCGGCCACAUUAUGCUCGAUAGCGAAGAGAAGGACGAUACUCCCGAGGAGAAUAGGUGUCCUCGGUGGAAGGCGCUCAAAAAGUACAUUUAUGAGUGGGCGAGGCAGCACCCCGACCUGGAUGCCAUCAGUCCGCUGGCUUGGGGCGUACGAGAAAGAAGAGGUAGUUGGGGACUAUAAGGUCUUCUGGCUAUUGCCUCUACUGUUUUGUUUUGCGUCAUGGCUUUUCGUUCCUCUGUUGGACGAGUCGAACGUUCAAGAUGGAAAAGAUGACGUGCGGAGUGGAGACUCGAGGUGUGCCUACACUAGCGGUACAUCACCACGACGAUCACUUUUCUUGGGUUGCAUUUUUUAGCGUCGCGAUCAAAGCUUAUUUUGUCAUUGUUCCAGGGCGUCCUUUAUUAAUUCUUGCUUGGUAUGGUAUUCGACGGGACAACAUUCCCUAUUGUUAGCGGCAACAUGAUUACUGUUCCGACACAAAAGCAUUUGCACGACGGGCACAACAUUAACCGCCUUUGACUGUUAUUCUUGAUGAGUACGACUU